GGAGCCCACAGGUCCUCCCGAUACCAACCGUACCACAUCAUCUGCCACCAUGGCCACGCCAUCCGAGCCGGUCGCCCACGUCUGCGGGAAGUGCAAUAACAAGGCUACGGAGUAUUGCGGUCGCUGCACAAAGAUCUGGUACUGCGGUCGCGUUUGCCAGGCCGCUCACUGGCAGGCUCACAAGCAGACCUGUGGAACUGACAAGAUUCUUCAACAUGCGGCAGAGGUAUAUCAGAAAGCAUGGCUCGCCUACAGGGAGGCAACCUUUGACAUCGACGUCGUGAAAUUGGAGGAUCAAGGCAACCAGCUCCUCCUGCAUAUUCGAAAAGCUGGUUUUCGACAUGGUAUUGCAGGUUUCUUCUUCGAAUUCCCAGCCGCCUUAGUCCGUAACGAUGAGGACAAACAAGCUCUCCUCACAUCCAUGAUGUGCGAAGAUGCCUUGGCCUACCUUCACGAGUUCUUCGCUAGAAUGGUCAAAGGUUCAUACGAUAAAAUCGAGGAAGUCGACGUCAGAAUCAAGCCGUCAAGACGUACCACUGCGGACUGCGACUCCGACCGCACAUCCGAUGGCCAAACUUGUCCGCACCUUUUGCUACGCGCCACAUCGAAAGAUGGUAUCGUAUUUGCGAUUGAUCCUACAGGAGCACAGAACGGUCAGAUGAAGGCAUGGAUGCCAUGGCAAGACUUUGAAGAUCUCUACGUCGAGCGGAUUGUGGACAUUUUCCCAUUCGGCACCUUCCAGGACUUCAGCAACAUUGAGGCAGCGAAGGGCGAAGGAGCAGCGGGAUAUAUUUCCCGUGUCAAUUGGGAAGCCAUGAAGGCGUUCAGACAGGGUAUCAAGACCUGGGAGGCUGCUUCUGGAUUGACAUCUUCAAGAUUGGUUCGCAAGUGGGACGAGUCGUUCUGCUCGGAAGUCGUGAAGAUGCAAUUGAGCAUAAUUCGGGCUCUGAAAGCGCACAUUGCGACGAAAGACUAUGAAGAGGGAAACCGAGCUGCCUACGCUUGGGAUGCUGUCAAUCAGGGUCGUCGUAUGACUAUAGCUCGACGAAACGCUCUGUUCAACGAGGUGUCUCUUUUACCGAAGCCACAGUCACUUGAGAGGGACCAUACGUUGCACGACAGCGGCAUACAUGAAAUGAAGUUUCCUGGAUUCACACUGUUGGACAUGGGCGGAGGAGGAGCCAUCGAAAUGCUCAGUGAACACAUGAGGGAUGGUAUGACUUCGAAGGAAGUAUGGGACCUUUUCAUGAGAACCAGCGGACUAGGCAUCACGCCGCAAUGAUCACAUAAUCACCAGAUCAAACACAAGCUCCUAGUACGGACCAAGGUGUCUGAGGUAUAUACGAUCAGGAACUAGGAGCAUCUAACCAAGUGUUACUAUCCCUGAUAGGAAUCCAUUCUACCUCACAACUUACUAGAGUUUCCGCUGCUAGGAAGCUCUAUGACAAGCUUUCCGAAUUGACUUGCUUUCUUCAUGUCCUCAAAAAGUCCAUCAAUUUCUGCAAUGUCCAGUCCCUUCACAACCCUCGAUACUAC